AUGGCUCGACCCAACUUUCAGACCGAAGCUACUUUUACAGCAGGACGGACUUCUAUCAUGUUGCUUCCAUUUUUAAUUUCGRCAGCGCUACUUUUCCGAGCAGAAUGUUACUUUUCGGAGGAGAAAUAUCCGGAGGAGUCGAAAAUGCAGCCCCCCACCGUGGUUGUCGCCAUCCUAGCCCGGAACACCGCUCACUCCCUGCCGUACUUCCUCGGAGCUCUGGAGAGGCUCAACUACCCCAAAGAUCGCAUCUCUGUGUGGUCGUACGCAGGAGAACUGGGACCCAAACACUGGCCCAACAGCAGAUAUGAGUACGUGAUGAAGCUCAAGCAGGCGGCGCUCAACUUCGCCAGAAAACGCUGGGCUGACUACAUCCUGUUUGCAGACACGGACAAUAUCCUGACCAACCCAGACACCCUCAGCCUGCUGAUGGCAGAGAACAAGUCUGUCAUCGCCCCCAUGCUGGACUCUCAGGGAGCGUACUCCAACUUCUGGUGUGGCAUCACUCCACAGGGUUAUUAUCGUCGGACAGCAGAGUACUUCCCCACACGUUACCGUCACAGACUGGGCUGCUUCCCGGUCCCGAUGGUCCACAGCACCCUGCUGCUGGAUUUAAGGAAGGAGGGCAUGAAGAAUCUGGCUUUCUACCCUCCUCAUGAGGACUACUCGUGGCCUUAUGAUGACAUCAUUGUGUUUGCCUUCUCCUGCCGUGCUUCAGCGAUCCAGAUGUAUCUGUGCAACAAGGAACGCUACGGCUACCUGAACGUUCCGGCUAAACCUCACCAAACCCUGGAAGACGAUCGCCUCAACUUUGUCCACGUCCAUCUCGAGUCCAUGAUUGAUGGGCCACCCAUGUACCCCUCAAGAUUYGUUCACAUGUUCCCAAAACAGAGAGAUCUGAUGGGAUUUGAUGAGAUUUAUCUGAUUAAUCUGCGGCGCCGGUCGGACCGAAGAGACAGGAUGUUGUUUUCUCUCAACGAGCUGGAGGUUGACGUCAAAGUGGUGGAUGCUGUGGAUGGAAAUGCACUGAACAGCAGCGACAUUAAAAUCCUGGGUGUGGACCUGCUGCCAGGUUACUACGACCCGUUCUCCGGACGCACGCUCACUAAAGGGGAGGUGGGCUGCUUCCUCAGCCAUUACUACAUCUGGAAAGAGAUCGUGGACAUGGAGAUGGACAAAGCUCUGAUCUUUGAGGACGAUGUCCGCUUCCAGGCCGACUUCAAGCGACGAGCGCUCAGGUUGAUGGAGGAGGUGGAGCUGGAGGAGCUGGACUGGGACCUGAUAUACUUUGGCAGGAAGCAGGUGAACCCUGGGAACGAGGAGCCUGUGGAGAACGUUCGGAACCUGGUGAAGGCCGACUACUCGUACUGGACUCUGUCCUACGCCAUCUCCCAGCAAGGAGCCCAGAAACUGCUGAACGCCGAGCCGCUGUCCAAGAUGCUGCCCGUCGAUGAAUUCUUCCCCAUCAUGUACGACAAACAUCCCAACGAGGACUACAAGUCCCAUUUCCCCAACAGAAACCUCCAAGCCUUCAGCGCGCGCCCCCUGCUGGUGCAGCCGUGUCACUACGCCGGCGACGCUCAGUGGGUGAGCGACACGGAGACGUCCACUCUGUGGGACGACGACUCGGUAAGGACCGACUGGAGGGGCUCCCACAAGACCCUGAAAGGCUCCGUGCCCGAGAUGCUGUCGGCAGCGUACAGGGACGAGCUUUAGCUGGAGGAYCGCUGAGGCCCGCGGGGUCAAAAAGGUCGUUGGGUCAAAGGGACGGACAGAGCCUGAUGAACUGAUCUUAGAAUUUUUCAGUGUUUUUCUAGGUGUUUUGUACAAGAUGUGGGAUUUAUUUUGGUAGCAGAACAAUUUAAGGGACAGUUAUUUAUUGAGGCUGUUUGUAAAAAAAAUAAAACUAUUUUACAAAUGUUUUAGCAUUUAAAAUGCAUAAACUUGCACAUUUUUCAAUACAAUGGUUAAAUAUUUGUUUCUUUUUUAGCUUUAUUAAGUAAACAGAUUCCUGUAGCUGCUUUGUUCACAGCUCCUGGAAAAGUCUGAACUAAAAUCUGAUAUUCUGUUUUACAUUUUCAUUUCCAUGUUGGGUUUAUCUGUCUGAUUUAGUUUUUUAUGUUUUCAACUAAGGAUGCUGAGAGAUACAGCUGUAUUUAAACCAAAACUGUUAUUUUUGUUUUUAAAUGUAGGAUUUAAUAUGGAACCAAAUCACAAGUUCAAAAUUAAUUUUCAUCAAAUAUUGUGCUGUUUAACAUUAAGAUUUCAAAAUGUUCAAAUAUUUCAAUUAAAUAUAACCUAUGAGAUUUAUCCCAUGUAAUUAAAUAAAAACUACAUUUUGUUUUCAAAAUGUGGUUUAACUUUUAUUAUAUUAAGAUGAACCAAAGAUUGCCAAAGUUGUCAGUAUUUAUUCUUGUUAAAAUGCUGCGUAAUGAUAUCAAAACUAUGUAAAAACAUUUAUUUUCAUGUUUUUGUUGCGUCUCUGGGAUCCACAGUUGAUGUAGACCUGAUCCCUUUAACAGGUUUUAGUUUGAACAAUCAAAAUGGACUCGAGUACCAUGCUUAUUUUGAACAUGUGAUGUUUAUAUUUCUUGUCCUUUUUGCAUGUGCUUUAAUUUAUUGAGUCUUCAAUGAUGAAACUUUUCUGGUGAAUCAUGAAUAAAUWACAUUCCAUCAAGUUA